GUGUACACUGUGCAGCUUACCUUUGUUAAGGGGGUGGAACUCGUGGAUAAUCACUUUUAUAGUUGACAGCAAUGUUCUGUGUCCCAAGUACAUGAUCAGCCUAAAGGGAGACAAGAGAUGAAAUCUAAUACAAUAAGUCAUUGCUGAACAAUAAAAACACAUGAUGGUUGACCGAUCAACAAAGUGUAUCAGUGAACUGUUUGGCUUUCUCAAGGAUGUUGAGCAUUGUGAAAAUUGUGAUCCAAAUAGGUGUUCAGAACUCAGAGGUCAAAAUGAAGGCAUUGUCUCAACACCACAGUUCAUCAAAAAGUCGGUUAGUGACACCAAGUUGCUUCAAUCUCAAGCACAAAACCAGCCUCAGAUUGUAAGGAAAUGUAUCUGUCAUCUGAAGCAAGAAAAUACUUUUGCAGUGAAAGGUAACACUGUUUCCCCAAAUCCUACAGUAGGAAAUGGAACCAUGAAUAACCAUGAAACAGAAACUGUCAGUAUUAAAGGAGGGAAGAGUGACACCACUGAUGCCUGUAAAAGUGAUGUGGCGACACCCACAGUCCGAUCUGGUGAGCAGGGGGAGGUAACUUCCACAUCAGGGAUAGAAGAUGUCAGUGUCGACAAACAGAAAAUGGAUUUUUCUGAUGCUGGUUGUCAUGGUAACAUUGUGAAUGGGAUACAUGACGUUUCAGAAGAAGAGGAAGUAUCAAUGAGACCAAAGUUGGUGUCACAGGAACAAGGUCGAACGAAUACACAAGUAGUGUCUGAUAUGUUUAGUUUUCUCCGCACUGACACAGAUACAAGUGAUGAAAGCUCACGUGUACAAGAUCACAUUGCAAAGUUGAGUGAAAUGGUGAAGAAUGAAGAUAUGGUGAAAAAUGCAUCAGUAGAAACUGCUGACAGUGCAUAUUUUGAAAGUGAUGAAGUGAAGCCAUCAGACAUCACAAGUGCAAAUGAUGCAGAAAAGUCAAAUAGUGAUGAAGCAAACAUUCAUGUCGAUAGGGACAAUACAAGUGUGAGUGUUGACAAUAGGAAAAAGGUGACCGAUGAAAAUGUUUUAUCUUCAGAAGUAGAUUGUCAGGGAAAGGCAGAACCCAAUGGCAGCGAUUCCCAAACUGUGACCAAAAUAUUUAAAGACAAAACAGAUGUGAGAGAAAAUGGUUGUGACCACCUAAAUGAGGUUGUCCAGGAAGAGAAUCGGAAUACUUGUGAAGAUAUCGAGGUGAAUGUAUUUGAUGAUUCUAGUGUUAGUGACACAGUUGCAAGGACUGAUGCAGAGACAAGCACUGGUGGUUCAAAGGAUGUAGCUCGGACUGACAAGGUGGCUACAGGCAGUAGCGAGGAUGUUGUUUUACGAAGACGCCAGUCUAGUAAAAAGUCUGAGGGAGAUUAUCACUCAGAUGAUUCAUCAGAUGAAGAUACAGGGAUCUAUGCUGAAAGUUUCCGCAACUCUAAGUGGAUACGAAUUGAUGAAGAUGAAGAGAUGGGUGACAUGAAGUUUGCGACAUUACCUGCACCGCGGAAGAAGCUGGUGAAGGGGGUGGUGGAUGGAAGGUCAGCCAGUACUUCAGAUGAUGUCUUCACUGAGGGCCACGGGUCUCCACCACUGGUGAGGUCACACAAGAGGUCAGACUCCUCCACAACCACAUUAUCAGAGUCGGAGUUCAAGCGUCAGUAUACAUCGCGGAGGAAGUGUCUGAUCCAGCGCGAUGACAGCCAGCAGGAGUAUCACCGCUUGUCUCAUCGCUUCUAUGAUCAAGAGAAAGUGGUCAUUAUUGAAAAACAGGAUUCUGAGAGCGGACAAGAUUUUGGUCUUCACAUCCUGGACUGUCAGCCAGCCUACAUCACGUCCAUCGACCCAGGAAGCCCAGCAGAAAGGUCAGGGGUUAAAGAGGGUCAGAUUCUUAUCUCGGUCAAUGGCGUCAACGUCCUUGAGGCCUCGCAUGAUGAGAUCGUCAAACUCAUGCAACAAAACCCGGCCAUCAUCAAGCUGGAGGUGGCCUACAGUGACUUCCAGCCUGUCAGAGACCUACAGGCCAGUGUCAUCGGCUGUAUGUACAAGCUGGGCAAUUCCGCUCUCAUGAAGACGUGGAAGAAGCGUUUUUUUGUCCUACGUCAAGACAACUGUCUUUACUAUUAUAAAAAUGAGCAGGAGCAGAUUCCCCUUGGAGCUGUCCCCAUGGCAGGCUACAGCAUCUCUCGCUACAUUGACACCAACAAGGACUUCUGCUUCAAAGCGGACAAGUAUGGUGCGCGGUCGUACUACUUCAUGACCGACAGCAGGGAUGAGAUGACACAGUGGGUGGGCAAGAUGACUGAAGCGUCUGCUAGGUCAAAGAAGAGGAAGGACUCGUGGCUUGAUGUGAGUAGCCACAACGUUGGUCUGCCGGCCCUGGAGAUCCGUCGCCCAGAGUCUACUGGCUACCUGACCAAGAUGGGGCGACAGAGGAAGGUGUGGAAGAAGCGUUACUGUGUGCUGAAGGAUGCCUGCAUCUACUACUAUAAGCUAAUGUCGUCCCAUAGUGCACAGGGCGUGGCUCAUCUCCAUGGUUACACAGUAGACGUGAAUGGCCUUCCUGGAAGGCGAUACAGCUUUGUGCUCAAACCACCAGAACAAGGAAUGAGGACAUUUUAUUUCUGUGCUGAGAAUGAAACAGACAAGGCACGGUGGGUGGAAUCAAUGAAGCGUUCUAUCCAGCGAUGGGUGAAGGUGGACAGCAAAUGAGGAUAUCAGAUUACCCCAGCCUUCAAGGAAACAGGAUCACUA